GAAUCAUAUUACAGUAAAUAUUUUUAGCUAGCUAGCUAUAGUGUGAUCAGAUUGCUUUCCCAUAGUUAUACCUGGUACAACAGGCUACAUAGCUAGCUACGUACUUUGUUGGAUUGUCAGAGAUAGUCAAGCUAAUAUAUGUAAGACAGCUUGUUAUUAAGACUGGACAUCUGCACUUCGAGGUCACUCUCUCUUUGUCAGUUAAACGAAGCUAGCUACGUGUGAUAACCCCUACCUCCGCCUUUCUCUCUACUAUCAGAUGACAAUCGAUUGCUGUAUAUUGUAGCCAGCAGAUACGCCCCGUUUGCUUACAGCUGUACAAGGUCGGACAGAGUUCCCGUGUGAAGGCAUCCAUUGGCAUACUUGCAUCCAAACAGUUUGGUACAGUUAAGCAUAUAUAAGAAAACAUAUUGUGGCGUUUUGGUCUUCGGCUAGUUUUUUUUGGGCUGGUCGUGCACACACUUUUUUGAGUCUAUGCUCCUUUAUUGGUGAUUGUUGUCAGUCAACAAGAGAUGACUAGUUUUCAUGCAAAUGUUUUCACCUAUGAAAUACUGCACCAAACAUCCCCGUUUGAUGUAAAAUUGCGAGACAGAUCUCCUUGGCAAAAACGUCAAACUUAAUGAUUUCUUGAGUUAUCUUAGAUUCAUUCUGACUUCAUUCUGACUAUUUUGAGAGUGGCUACACAGUGACUCAAGAUGGGUAAAUAGUAAUAUUGCUGCUUUUUUUCUCGUUAUUCAAGUACUUUCAAGUGAAGGUCGAAGGUUCGUCUCGAGAAAAUAUUUUGUGUGCAUGAACAACCGGAAAACAAACCUUGCCGAAGACCAUAACGUCACAAAGUGUCAUCAUAAUAUAUGCACAAACUGAACUAUUUUGGAUAGUAAGCAUGCGGACGCCUUUACUCGACACAGGAAGCCCGUGAGUGAGUGACAACGUUGGUGAUACAUACACCCACCAUACGUACUAUCCGUGUGUGGACCUAAAAUUGAUUUAAAUUAAAAAUCAUAUUUUCAAUAACCCCGAACUCGUAUCACUAUCCCCUAACCGUAAUUGUAACCCUAAACCUAACCCCUAAGCAUAAAAUAGCCUUUGUCCUCGUGGGGAAGUGGGAACUGUCCCAAUGAGGGAGACUUUUCCUUGUUUUAAUAUCCUUUUGGGGAUUUUCGGUACCCAUGAAGAUAGUAAUACAAGCCCACACAGUCACGUUGCUAGAUGAUGUAGACUGGAAUGGAAUAUUUUGUGUAGUCUAAAGUCGCUAACAGGUCCCAUAUGGAACAUACACACGGGUAAAUAGUUAUGGGAACGUUGUGUUUUAACUGUUUCAGUUUGGCAACAGUUUACAUUUCAAGAAGCCUAUCACUUUAAUCGCAUGUAUCGUCCUUGGUCUUCUCCUUAUCGCAACCAAUUUCCAAGAAGGGCCGAGUUUGUUGCGCAACAAGCGCCCUCCCUUUACAUAAUCCAGUACUAAUCCAGUAGUACUUUUUGACUAAAGAAUAUUACAGCCGUCAAACGGACUCUUGUAAAUGUAAAUGCACACUCGACUACCCUAAAAAGUGGAGUGAGUUUUUUUGUUUUUUUUUUACCUGUCACUGAUUUUGUUAGUGCAAAGGCAUGUCCGGAAUUAGACGAGGCAAAAAAUACAUAUCUUAAAUUAAAUUAUUUCCUGAAAAAUGUGCAUAUUUAUUAUUUCAACAUCAGUCCGCACAUGAAACCUGUACGGUAUUAGUGUCGACUUCAAAGUGUGGGUGAUUGAAAGGCCAGUGAACGUGUUCACCGAGAACAUGCCUGGGUUAUUAUGUAACCGCACCAUUCGACCCUGCCGGCAGACGCAGAAACACACCACUCGACCUUUCUACCUCCUUGUAGUGCCCAGUGGAUGGACGCCGCCUUGUGGUGGAUAAUGGAAUUGGUGUGAAUUGCAUUCAAUGUAGACUCAUUGGGGAGAGACUGAUCUAUGACAGACAGCCCUGGGAUGGAGGCCCACAGCUCAAGCCGGUCCAGCCUAUCCAGGAAGAGGAGGAGAGAUGGGUCUAACGGAGAGACCGAGGAGGUAGAACGGCCAGGGAAAGUCCCAAGAUCCACCGUGGGUUUAAAAGAUCCCGCCCCCUAUGCUGAUGAGCUGGAGUCGGCUGAGGACACUCCAUACCUGCGAGUCAGUAUGGACGAGGCCAAGAGGGGAACUCCAUUUGAUAGGCCAGUUCGGGUGUAUGCAGAUGGCAUCUUUGAUGUGUUCCACUCAGGCCAUGCCCGGGCCCUCAUGCAGGCCAAGGGCCUCUUUCCGAACACACACCUCAUUGUGGGCGUGUGUAGUGACGACCUGACACACAAGUUCAAGGGGUUCACGGUGAUGAACGAGGACGAGCGCUACGACGCAGUCAGCCACUGUCGCUACGUGGACGAGGUCGUCAGGAACGCGCCCUGGACGCUUACGCCCGAGUUCCUCUCCAAGCACAGAAUCGACUUUGUUGCUCAUGACGACAUCCCAUAUACAUCAGCAGGCCAGGACGACGUUUACAAGCACAUCAAGGAGGCGGGCAUGUUUGCGCCUACCCAGCGGACGGAGGGAAUCUCCACCUCGGACAUCAUCACGCGCAUCGUCCGCGACUAUGAUGUGUACGUGAGACGCAACCUGCAACGCGGCUACACGGCCAAGGAGCUCAACGUCAGCUUCAUCAAUGAGAAGAAGUACCACCUGCAGGAACGUGUGGACAAGGUGAAGAGGAAGGUGAAAGAUGUGGAGGAGAAGAGUAAAGAGUUUGUGCAGAAGGUGGAGAACAAGAGCAUUGACCUCAUCCAGAAGUGGGAGGAGAAGUCCCGGGAGUUCAUUGGCAACUUUCUGCAGAUGUUCGGCCCUGAGGGAGCACUGAAGCACAUGUUGAAGGAGGGCAAAGGGCGCAUGCUGCAGGCCAUCAGCCCCAGCAGCAGCCCCACCCGUGAGCGUUCUCCCUCGCCCUUCUUAAACAAGGCCUCACCUUCCCCUCCACCCCAGCGCAGCGCAGCACGGGGAUACCACAUCAGCGAGGAUGAUGAGUCUGAUGAAGAUUAAGGCUCUUUUUUUUUGUUUUUUUGUUUUUUUUGGUCUGUUAAUCCCGCCCCGUCAACAUUAUCAGCAUUCAACCCCUCAUCAGUAUGUCCACUUAUAUAUGUAUAGCAUUGUCUCUCACUUCAUUUGCUCUACCCAUUUAAUUUUUCCACUCCCUUUUUCAAUUGGUGUCCAUUUCUUAUGGACUGUACUACUUUGUCAGUCCAAGGAGGGUUGAUGCAGUGUAGCGGUCACAUCUCUUCAUUUUAUUCAGUCAGUAACCACUACUCACAUUACCCUUCAUGUCACUUAAAUUUUAAUUUCACAGAUGCACGCUUCCUACUCAAGAUGUUAAUCUUAGCGAGGUGAUUUUAUCUUGUUAACCUUGAGUUUAGUGGGGAAUUCAAGUGUCCCCCCUAUUGUGUUGAGGGGUGUUUGGUGCACUGUUGAAUUCCUUCUCAGCAGAGCUGAGUCUUUGCAAUGUAGGAACCAUCAGUCCCUUGCUCUCCCCUCGAAGUGUUAUUGUGCAUGUAUGUGUGUAAACUGCUAGUUGUGUAGGCAUGUCAAUGUCCUCCAUCCAUGGACUGACCUGGAUUCAGCUUGACUGUUUUUGCACAUUGUAAUAAUGCUUAGUUGGUUUUGAUGGUCAGUCUUUGGACAGUGGAUUUUAAAGAAUAGUGCCCAGCGUUUGAACUCCAGAACUAGAUCUUGUUCAGUAGGGCUCAAAGGAACUUAUUUUAAAAACGACUGGGGAAUACAAUUGUCCCAUCUCUCCCUCCUGUAGUUGGGCAUUGCCUCCAUGGUGGCAAAGCAGGAUUUAAAAAUGUAUUUCCUAUAUACAGUAGGCUAGCUGAAAUAUGGGAUUAUUUUACGCAUAGUAUUAGAUUUAAGAAUCAGUCCAUUAAAAUUGCUUCUCAUUAGGGGCAAGACUUGUCUAACUAUAUACAUGGAAACAAGAACAUUGUUUGCGUUGAAUUUGUAGGGCUAAGAGAAACCAGUAGAACAAAUGAUUUUUUAAAGUUAACCCACAACCAUGUAAAAUUUCUAUUAAAAAAAAAAUGAGUUGGA